AUGUUCGCAUCCUCGUUAGCACGGCCAAUUCGAUUGGCGAGAACACUACCCUUGGGCCUUCAGAAGCGAGCGUUUACGGUAUCCACUACUCGCCGUCUAGACGAUGCGCGAUUGAGGAGACAAGUCGACGCGAUAUAUGAUGAAGGAAACUACUAUUUCAAAGUCAGAGAGAAAGAGAUUUUGGAGCCGGAGAAGACGGUGUUUCUCCUUGAAGAGAUCAUAGAGCGACACAAGACCAACUUUCACAUCGCAGCACUCUCUUCAUCAGCCUUUGGCGUUUUCAUGACGCUCGCCACUACGUACAUCCACGAGCUGUGGCGACUCCAACGAACUGUUGCCGCCACCAACUUUAUGCGCCAGUUUCUGACUAUUGUGCGAGAGCGAGCCGCCGCGGAGAUUCAGUAUGCAGAUUCUCAAGUGGUCAUGGCUCUAUCCCUGUUUUACACGCUCUUAAGGGAGAGCAACGGGGACCCACGAGAACGAUGGGAUGUCAUUAAAGAAGCCAAGGAGCUCUGCGAAAGAAUAGUCCCGCUCGCUUGGGACCCCAACGCGCCGGCUUCACUCAAGGAUCAACGUGCCAAACUCUUACAGUUGUAUGCGUUGGAGCAUGAUCUCUUGCUCAGUGACCCCCGAACACGCAAGUUCAGCGUCGGUUCGCUGGUCGAUACACACAAACAGAUCCUUCUACUUCAAGAAGGAAAGAACAAUGAUAUGGCCCAAAAGGUCCGAAUGACCUCCCUUCGAACCAUUUGCCAACUCGAGGAGGAGCGUGGAAGGCACAACCAAUACCUCCCAUCUGCCAAGCGAUUCUUCGAUUUAGCGGACGCGACCUAUCGAGCUGGAGUUGCAGGAAAGAAGAUAUCGGCUGACGCAGUCUACGAUAAGAUAUUCAGUUACAUUUUGCUGUGCAAAGCGCAUAGGAGGCCGUUUAACGCAAAAGAAAUCAUCGCAAAGGCGACAGAGGGGCUGGAACUUAUCAACGACGUACGGGACCUUCCGUCGCCAGCCGAAGCAAGUCAGCUUCUAGUUCUACGCUCCCAAAGCCACCUCAGGCAACUUAAACCCGACGAGGCGCUCUCAGAUGCAAGAACUGCGGUCCAGGUUGUGGACGAUGGCAAUUGGUCCAUCAUCUAUCAACUGGAAAACUGCGAUCCAACGCGAUAUAAGAAAUACCAUUGGAAGAAUCUGUGUAUGGCAAAUCUUUGCGACAUUCUAUUCGACAACAAAGUCACCGCACCAGAGGAGCAGUCCGGUUUACUCGUCGCACGGGCGGGACGCGCGAUGAACAAGAAAUUGGGUGACGCCAACUGGGAGCUUCGGUUCCGAAUCAAAGAACUCGGUGCUCUGCGAAGACUACGGAGGUGGAACGAUGCACUUGGGCAGUGCGUUGUACUCUUAGACAAGAUUGCGGACCUUUUCCCAAGUUCUGGCAAGGAACACUUGGACCUAGAAGGACACGUCGUCAUUGCAUGCGAAGAUGCGGCGGAAUGCCUGGAGAAGUUGGGACAUCAGCCAGAGGCAGACGAGUUAAUCGAGGAGGCAGACGCAUUCACAGCGUAUACAGAACAAGAGGAUGCCACCCUUGAGGAUUAUGCCAUACGUGCCAGAGCGAUUUCAGCUAAACUCAGGUCGAUAGUUCAGCGUCAGGUGCCCCAGGCAAUAGAGGAGCCGUCCCUCUUCAAGCGGUUCGUCAGCACGUAG